AUGGCCGCCCUGACUACGGUCGUGGUGGCGGCGGCGGCCACCGCGGUAGCCGGGGCUGUGGCGGGGGCAGGCGCGGCCACCGGGAACGGCGUGGGAGCAGCGCCGGGGCCGCAACAGAAUGAUGGCUGUUUUGGUACGUCAGGUGGAAUUCAUCCUUGUCAGCUUCAAAACUGGAAACAGAAAGCUAGUCGGCCUAAGAAAGCAGAAUUCAUACGCACAGCAGAAAAAUUUAAGAAUCUAGUUAUUAACAUAGAAAAAGAUAAACACAGUCAUUUCUACAACCAAAAGGGUGACUUCAGAAUUGAGCAUAGUAUGCUGGAAGAAUUGGAAAAUAAAUUGAUUAACAGCAGGAAAACAGAAAGAGCAAAAAUCCAGCAACAAUUGGCCAAAAUACAUAACAAUGUAAAGAAACUUCAGCAUCAGUUAAAAGAUGUGAAGCCUACACCUGAUUUUGUUGAAAAGCUCAGAGAAAUGAUGGAAGAAAUCGAAAAUGCAAUUAACACUUUUAAGGAAGAGCAGAGAUUGAUCUAUGAAGAGCUUAUUAAAGAAGAGAAAACAACUAAUAAUGAGUUGAGCGCCAUAGCAAGGAGAAUGGACGCGUGGGCGUUGGCGAGUUCGGGAACAGAGCAGGCUUUCAGAGCAGGGUCAGGCAGAGUUCCUGUGGACACAGUAACUGCACCGAGCACUCUUCCAGAAGAAGUGGUAGAUUUUGAAAAGUUUCUUCAGGAAACAGGAGGGCGACAAGGGGGCUGGGAUGAUUAUGAUCACCAGAACUUUGUAAAGGUGAGAAACAAACAUAAAGGGAAGGCGACCUUUCUGGGAGAAGUUCUAGAACACCUUCCUGGAAGAACACAGCAUGAAGUUCAACAGCAUGAGAAAUGGUAUCAGAAAUUUCUUGCCCUGGAAGAAAGGAAAAAAGAGUCUAUUCAGAAUUGGAAAACUAAAAAGCAACAAAAAAAGGAGGAAAUUUUCAAGUUAAAGGAAAAGGCAGAGAACAUAGCUAUGCUUUUUCAUAAUAAACAAGAAGAUAAUCAAAAGCAAAAAGAGGAACGAAGAAAGAAGCAGAAAUUGGCAGUGGAAGCUUGGAAAAAACAGAAAAGUAUAGAAAUGUCAAUGAAAUAUGCUUCCCAGUUGAAAGAAGAGAAAGAGAAAGAGAAAAGGCAGCAGAAAGAGCGCCAACGCCAGUUUAAACUAAAAUUACUACUAGAAAACUACACCCAGCAGAAGAAAGAACAGGAAGAAUUUUUAAGACUUGAAAAGGAGAUAAGGGAAAAGACAGAAAGGGCAGAAAAAAGGAAAACUGCUGCUGAUGAAAUUUCCAGAUUUCAAGAAAGAGAUUUACGUAAACUGGAAUUGAAAAUUCUUGAUAGACAGUCAAAGGAAGAUGAAAAGGCAGAUAAACAAAGAAGACUGGCAAAAUUAAAAGAAAAGGUUGAAAACAAUGUUAGCAGAGAUUCCUCUAGGCUUUACAAACCUACCAAAGGUUGGGAAGAACGCACCAAAAAGAUAGGACCAACAGGCUCUGGGCCGCUUCUACGUAUCCCACAUAGGGCUAUUCCAACCUGGAGACAAGGAGUUUAGAAAAGAAUACGAGAUAAUGAAAUUGGUAUUCAGUUGAAAAGAAUGUAUGUUAGCAUAUUCAGCUGCAGCAGGACAGAGGGACUAACCAUGUGUGUUAAAUAUCACUAGCCUAGACAGACUGAUUUAUUGUGUGGUAUGUGAAUUGAUAGGUAUUAAGUUCCAAGUGGUAUUGUUAUUAGUAUUUCCUGUUUAUACUAAGAGGGUAUUUAAUGUGUAUGUUGGCCUUUUAUUGAUAUGAAAGUCUUUUGAAUAAGUUUAUGUUACAAACAGUAUUUCAUUUAAAUACUCAGAACAUUUCAAAGAUAUUUUGUUUUUGCCAUGGCACAGCAAAAUAAAUUAGGACAAUCACCGAGUGACAUUU